AUGCGGAUCGCUACACCCGCACCCGUUCUACACCCGCCGUUCGCUCCGCGUCCCAUCCCGCCCAAGCCCGCCAUCACCGCAUCGUACGCGUCUCUACCCAAUGGCGCUGUGGACUACGGGCAACAACCUGUCCUGGACUCAGCGACUAACAUCCCGCUGACGGACCUCGAAUCUCUGCCGACCCUGACCGGCGAUCCUUACGAACCAUUCCUCGCGAACGAGGACAUCAAGAAUUUCCUCGCUAUCGAUUUAGACCUUAAGCGGCUGAAUCGCAUACAUGGACACCUCUGGAUGUGCGGGCGGCCCAUGCGCGCAAGGGCGCUCCACCGCUACAAGAUGCUCGGCAUGGAAGCCCUGCCUACCGCGCAGAUGGACCUGCACUUGCUGCGCUUCUCCAACAAGCUCAUGAUCAAGCCGUUGGGGGAGUACAUGCUGAGCCACUCCUUCUGGCUUGAUUAUAUCUGCGACAGCGAUGAGCUGCACAAGGCAGCGUGCGGGUUCCUGCUCAGCUACGUAUGGCUGCUCACCACGCCUUUGGACCUCAAGCUUGCGCAUGAACUCUUUCUCAUCCCGAGUUUCGUCACCUGGCACUGGUGGAAAUCAUUCGUCGCAGAGUUCGUCAAAGAGGUAGAUAUCAAGGCGCUCGAUCAAGUCAAUAAGAGGUUUCACUUUGGCGACCUGCGUCUCGGACGUAUCAAUUCCGUGUACAGGAUUCGCUACGCUCACACGCACUUUGUCCGCGGCUAUCUUUAUGGGUACAACCGCUAUGUCGUCUUUUUUCAGCGCAAGUUCGGUUGGAUUCUUAUCGUGUUCGUAUUCUUCAGCCUCGUGCUAGCUGCCAUGCAAGUCGGCGCCUCCGUGGACCCACUUCAAGAGAACAACGCAUUCUUGAAGAGUUGUUAUGGGUUUGUGGUGUUUAGUAUGGUGAGUGUGGCGGCGGUGUUGGGCGUCAUCGGAGCUUUGUUCUUUUUCAUAUUCUUUUUCAACAUGGUCACUGCGAUUGGGCAGGCGAAGAGUCUGGAAAUCAAGCGGGGAAAGAUGGCGAAGGAGAGGAGGGUUAAAGAAGCCUGA